GGAGCGCGCCUUUAGUCUCAAGGAGGUAAGAGGCAGGCAGAUCUCUGAGUUGGAUGCCAACCUGGUCUACAGAGCUAAUUCCAGGAUAGCCAAGGUUACACUGAAAAACAAAACAAAAAAUCCCAAACCAAGGGCUGGAGUACCUAACCAGUGUCAGCGGUGGGGGGCUCUGGGAGGUGAACAGCAGAUCCCGGGUUCAUACUCAGGGUCUGGCCUUAGGUGGUCCUCUCUCUACGCCUGCGCUAGUGAAUCGCGGGGGCUUUUGGGGAGGUCGCUCUGUCGGGUCCGCCUCUCUGGUUGCGGAGCUCCGCCUCCGCUGGUCCCUCCCGACCCAGUACAGCUGCUUCCGGGCUCUCACGACUCCGGGAGGCCGCUCCCCGGACGCUGGGCCCUACAGCUACUCCCUGCGCGUAGCACCCCGACGCCUGGGUCUCCCAGACACUUCCUCCUGUUCCUUGAGCUCCCGCGGUUUACGGUUCCUCAAAUCCAGGACCGAAGGACCCCUGGGCCACCACUUCUUUCCUUCUUCAAUGGAGCACCACCUCUCCCCUUUCUGGGGCACGUUGGGAUGUGGUCUUGGUGAGUGAAACUUGGGGUACUGACUGCUGGGAAGGAAAUCUGAAAGCACAGAACACUGUGGGGGUGACCCUGGCCUUAUUGGGCCCUAGAAGUCUUGUUAAGUGUGUGGGGUGGCAAAUGGAUUUCUUUUCCCCUAGACUGACACGGAAGCUGACCAUUUACCACGCUUGGGGCUGUGUGAGUCCUUUCUGAAUUCAGAGUAGGACGACAUCACCAAGCAGAUACCUCUUCUGAACCGGAACUGAUUCUGGCUUCGGGGGAGAUCCUGAGAGUCUUAAGCAGAGUCAGGAAGCGGUCACAGAUUUGGGGAGCUCAUUGCACACAGUUCCUCAAUUAUGUUCCUUCGACGGCUUGGUGGCUGGCUGCCGCGACCUUGGGGUCGAAAGAAAUCAACAAAGACUGACUUGCCUGCCCCAGAACCCAGAUGGGUGGACAGCUCCCCGGAGAACUCAGGGAGUGACUGGGACAGUGCUCCAGAGACCAUGGGAGAUGUGGGACCUCUGAAGACCAAGGAUUCAGGAACACGGAGGCCCCCCCAGGCUGCUCCAGAGUCUAGCAGGGACACCAGAGUGUAUCAGCUGGGGAGUAAAAGAAUGGAUUCCCUCAAGAAGGACAAGGCUGCUUCUGCCAUUCAAGAGUCUGCAAGACUGGAGACUGGAGGAGCCGUUCCCAAACUGGACUUGGAUCCUGUGGAUUCAGGUGGCAUGAAGAACCUUGGAGUGUCCCCCCAAGGGAGGUUAGGCACCACUGGGCCAGAAGCCCUACUGGAGAAACCUGGUCGACGUCAGAAGCUGCUACGGUGGCUCCGGGGGGAACCAGGGGCUCCCUCACAUUACCUGCAGGACCCAGAGGAGUAUCUGCAGAUCUCUACCAACUUGACCCUGCACCUGCUGGAGCUGCUUGCCUCAGCCUUGCUGGCUCUGUGCUCGAGGCCACUCCGAGCCAUCUUGGAUGCUUUGGGCCUUCGGGGACCUGUGGGCCUCUGGCUACACGGGCUACUGUGUUUCCUGGCUGCCCUACACGGGCUCCAUGCUGUGCUGAGCCUGCUUACUGCCCACCCCCUGCAUUUUGCCUGCCUCUUUGGUCUGUUGCAGGCCCUAGUGCUGGCUGUCAGCCUCCGGGAACCUGUUGAGGAUGAGGAGACCGCUGACUGGGAGAGUGAGGGGCAGGGGAAGGAGGCCAAGGAGCAGACAGAAGGUCCAGGAAGGGCGUUGUGACUGGGAGAUGGUGGGAGCAAAGGGUAAAGAUAGUGGGGUGGCCUUUAGGAGGAAGGUGGGGAAACCCAGAUUGUAAGCACAGUGAUCUCAGGGAUGGGGAGGAAACUCAGGCACAGGAUCUCCUGUCACACAUGUGACAGACAGGACUGUCUAGGGUGGCCAGACAUCGACAGUGGAGCAUCACCAUUGAAGUCACCAGCUGUUGUUAUUUCUUGCUUUUACAUUUUCCCACAGUUUUUUUUUUUUAAAUUUCCACCUCCACUUUUAAAAAGCAAAAUAGAAUAAAAGCAACCGUGGAGAAUGGAUGCCACAGGGUCCUUUCCAAGCCCAGAGGUGAACGGGGCCAGAGGCAGGGCAGAGAUCUCUGUGUUAGAGAUGAUGGAGAGAUAUGUGGAGUCCCUUGUAUCUUAGGACCAGACCCAUGUAGAGGAGAGUGAAGCCGUGAGGGAGAAGGAGCUGCGGGUGCUGUGGUACCCGCUGAAGGGAGGGUCUGAUGCUCGGUGGGAGCCGGAAGAAACAGGGCUGCUGCGGGCUGGGUCGGCAUGAAGGCCAGCAUGGACAGACGGGCAGCUCUGACAGGCACUGGGGGAAGCACAGUGUCUGCCCUCUCCACUCAGGCUAGGGACUUGCAAUAAAUGUGCCACACUACACACAUCCUAAAUACACCAGUCCUACAUGA